AUGUCGGACUAUCUACCUGAAGAAGUGUGGAUUCGUAAUAUCCUCCCAACACUAUCCAUCAAAACCCUCCUUCGAUGCACAAGCGUCUGCAAAUCAUGGUACUCUCUCAUCACCAGCCCUAGUUUCAUUUCCACACACCUCAAUCGAAACAAACAACAAGACCCACCAUUACUACUACUUAGACAUUGCUCUGAGCAUCCUAGGAAAGAGCAUUUCUCAAUACGCCAUGACAAUCCCACACUCGAUGACUAUGCUGAGCUUGAUUUUCCAUUUCAUAGCGUAAAUUGGUAUUUCAGGAUUGUGGGUAGUUGCAAUGGUGUGACCCAAUGUUGUUUUUCAAACCCAUGGCCCUUUUAUGCUUCAAUUGGGUUUGGGUUCGAUUCAAUCAAUCAUGAUUGUAAAGUGGUUAGGGUUACCUAUGUCGAAGAUGAUGAUGGUUUUGACAUUGUUCCACCCGAGGUUGAGCUUUACUCGCUCAGCAGGGGAUGUUGGCAAAGCAUUAGUUAUUGUGGUCUUCAAAGCAUUAUUCCCGAGCGAUCACCACAGGUUUAUAUCAAUGGGGCAGUACAUUGGAUUGCAUAUGAUCGGAAAACAAAUGGAAGUAUUCGCCGUAGUUUGAUUGUGUCUUUCAAUAUGUGUGAUGAGCUGUUCCGAGAGAUUUUUCUACCAGAUAGCUUGGCUGCCCAGCGUGGGAUAAACAUAGAGAUCAACGUAUUUGGGGAAUCACUUUGUGUGAUGCAUGAUGUUUUUUUAUCUGGUUCUAACCAAACAUAUGACAUGUGGGUGAUGGAAAAGUAUGGUGUAGUUGAGUCGUGGACUAAACUAUUUGCUAUCAUCGAUUAUCAAAAAGUCUAUCUGCUGGGGUUCUUGUUGCUGUCACUCAUUGUUGUUGAUCGUAUAUUCAAGGUGUAA